UGAUUGCUGCCGAGUGAGUUCUGACUCAUAAUGACCAAAUAGGACAGAGUUAACAGCACCAAGGGGUGCCUGAGGCUGUAAUCUUAGCAGACUGCCACAUCUUUCUCCCUCGGAUAGGCUGAGGGAAAAGAGACCGACUAUGACCACACGGGAAGCCUGGGUGGUCCACAUGGUUAAGUGCUUGACCACUAAUCCAGAGGUUGCCUGUGUGGACUCACUCACAGUUGGCCGAGGAAGAAAGACCCGAUCACGUGCUUUCCGAAGGUCACAACCUUGUGGCAGUUUGUAAAAAAGGACUUGCUGUGGCCCUGCCACCAUCCAAGCACAAGAAGUUUUAAAAUGGAGUCGUCGUGUCAGGAGGAUCAAGACAAGCUAGAGCCGCAAAACAGCACCAGAGAAGACACACCUGUGAACGACGGCGAUGCCGACCUGAUCUUUGUUGGGGUGGAGCAUGUCAACGAAGAUGCCGACCUGAUCUUUGUUGGCGUCACUUCACAUCCAAGACCAGUUGUUUCCACCAUUUUGAACCGAGUUAUCCCAGGUUCAUGUUCAAGAAGGAAAAAAUAUAGUCAGCUCAGCCAAGACCCUGCCCACAGGAACUUGCAGCCUACAAGACAGACGACCCCUACAGCAAAAGUGGUGGCUGUCUCGCCAGCUUCUUCAUCUGAAUCGAGGUCAACAGACAGUCCCAUUAUUAUUGAGCCUUUGUCUCAUCCUGGUUAUGACAAGAGCUCACCACAGAUCGAGCCUACCAGGGCUUCAGAGGUACAUUCUCCUUUGACUAGGUUCCCAGGUUCGCUGCAGCAUCCAGGAGGAGCGGUACUUCCGGUUGGAGGAGUCAAAGAAAGGCCUUGUGUACCAGAAGAAGUUUCCACUUCGGAAGUCAACAGCAUCAAUCCCAAGCGACCUAAACUCAGUGAUGGAAACCCUAGGGGCCAUUCUUCAGCACUGUCCUUGGAUCUCUCUAUGACAGAGAACAGCCAGCAGAACACAUCUUUAACAGGUGUGAAUACCUCAAUAAGCUAUGCUCAGAAUGGUGCACCUUUUUCAAGAGUUUUUCCAAAGGACAAGACCCGCUUUAAACCUGUACAACCAGAUGGGGAAAGCAGGGAGCAGGCCAAAACAGACUUUUCCAGACUAGCAAGUCCGACUAAGAUCUUCAGUUCCCAGGAAGGGAAUCUGGUCAUGUUACUUGAUGACUUCUACUAUGGCCAACAUGAAGGAGAUGGGCAGCCAGAAGAGAAGACUCACACAAACUUUAAAUGCCUCAGCUGUCUGAAAGUUCUGAAGAAUGUAAAGUUCAUGAACCACAUGAAGCACCACCUGGAACUUGAGCAUCAGAGAGGUGACAGCUGGGACAGUCACACUACCUGCCAACACUGCUAUCGGCCGUUUCUCACUCCCAUCCAGCUACAGCGCCACAUUGAGCGUGUGCACAUAAGCCAGGAGCCCUCUUCUGUCUGUAAAAUCUGCGAAUUGUCAUUCGAAACAGACCAAGAUCUUUUACAACACAUGAAGGACACGCACAAACCCAAUGAAAUGCCUUACGUGUGCCAGGUUUGCAAGUACAGGUCGUCGACCUUCAGGGAUGUGGAAACCCACUUCAGGACCUGCCAUGAAAACACUAAGAGUUUGCUCUGUCCGUUCUGCCUCAAAGUUUUCAAGACUGCCUCACCAUACAUGUGCCACUACACAGGGCACAUAGAAAAACCUGUCCACCAGUGUUCCAAAUGCCGACUACAGUUCUUAACGUUCAAGGAGAAAAUGGAGCAUAAGACUCGGUGUCAUCAAAUGUUUAAGAAGCCUAAGCAAUUAGAGGGAUGGCCGCCCGAAACCAAAGUUGUUAUUCAGGUGACGCUGGAAGCCCUCCAGCCAGGAUCAGUGGAAGUACCAUCUGUGACUGUGAGCACAUCGGACUGUGAACCGUCCCCGCUAGCUCUAAACAGUUUGCCCCCAAGUUCCAUUCUCUCUACUUCCUGUAAACAAUCGAGAGUAUUUCCAUCCAAGUCAAAGGCCCCCGCAAAACCAAAAAACACAAACCACACAUUUCUCGAUAGCACCAAAUGUCUAGCAAUGGAUGAAUCAUGAGUGUAUUUUGCUUCAAAAUAGACAGUAUUGUUUUGACUGAAUUUUGAAGUGUUAUUUUAAAAUAGUCUCUAAUUUUGAUAUAUUACCAUGUGGCUAACCACAUUAAAGAUAUUUUUGCAUAUGUUUGUGAGAGAGAGGGGGGUGGGGAAUAGUACUAUUUUGGUAUUGUUAUGCCUACGCUUGAAAGGUUUGCAUAUAAUCUGGUUUUUUUGGAGUAUUUAAUUUGUGUUCAACCUUGUCCACUUAUUGACAUGUUACCUCUGGUCACACUGGAAUGACUUUGUCAUGGGGCAAGGCCCGGCCCUUUUUGCUGCUGAGCUCCCUGAAGUGCCUCCGCUGUGUUUGCCCAAGUCUUAGGCCCUAAGAGAAGCUCAUUCUGAAAGCUUUGGUGUCCCCAGGCAGACUGGAAGUUGGACGUGAUGGGCCCAGGCUGAGUGUGUGGUGUGAGAUGGAUCGGGGACAGUGGCUCCACAUUGUCUCACUGAGGAAAGAGGCUCAUGUCUCCUUGAAUUUUUGAUCCAAUCCUUUUUACGUAUCUUUAACUCAAGAACAUGAGAAGAGACAAAACCAUGUAAAAUAAAUGGUCUGAAGGACCCUAGGUGGCGCUGUUAGCACUGCCUGAAACCCGAAAGUUGAUGGUGCCAAAGCACCCAGGCAUAAAAAAACCAACCAACCUGGCGAUUUGCCUGUGUGAGGAUGACAGCCAAGGAAAACACUAAGGAACAAUUCUGCUCUGUAUCCCAUGGAGUCUUCCGAGUCACCAGCCAACAACAAAACCAAAGGAACCACAAAGUGAACAAUUUGGGGGUGGGGCUGGGUCUUGGCCUACAGAUACCGGAUACCGUGCAGCUGCUGGCCCUCCCUGGCUCCAGACAACAGCAGUAGCAGCAGCCUUUCGCAGCAGGGGCCUGGUGCCAGUGGACCUCCUGUUGCUGGAACUGAAGAGGGUAGCCGUUUGUCCCCGCCCCACCCCUUCUGACUCGCCUUUGGUGACAAUGGAUUGUCCACAUUCCUGUCACAGGCGGUGAGAAGCAAACACAGCUGCUAUUGAGAAUGGAGCCAUGCCUCCUCUAACUGCUGGACUGGACUGGACCCGACCCAUAGUUUGAAGUGAAGGGUCCCAGACACAUGGUAGCUGCCCAGAUCAAUGGCUGUGCUAAGGUUAGUCUCCCACGGGGAAGCUAAAACAGAGAUUGUCUUAAAAACAUUAGAACAAAAAUAGCCCGAGCCGAAUGACUAAAAUUUAGCUCAUUACAGGGCUUUUCUUUAUAUUUUUUUGGGUGCCUGUAUCUGCUCAUUGAAAAUGUGAAGUGGGAAAUUUCAGGCCUUGCCUUCUAUAUGAAUGUAUUGCAGUUCAUAGUUCCGUCCCCGACUGAACAUAUAUUUUCCAAAUGAGUAAAAUUGAUACUGAGUCUGGAUCUUGACAUUCACGGUAGUGCCCGACCUAAUCUAUUUCAGUGAAUAUGAAGUCGUAGAAUUACUAUUUUUCCAUCCCGCCAGAAGUGUAAUCUCUCCUAUAGGUGAACCCCCUCACCAGGUCUUUCCUAAACCUGGGGAGGUGCUGACAGCUGACUCCUGAAUCAUCCCAGCCUUGGCUGCUUCUGUGGUUCCGAGGUGGAGUCUUGCUAGGUGAAUCCCAUGGUGGGUGGAGUCUCCCUCGGUAGUAUGUUCUAAUGCACUUCCUCCCGCACCCCACCCCAGGAUGCAUACCAUCCUUUGUACUACUGGAGGUCUCUGGGACUCCGCUUCAGCCCAGACCUGGAGAAAUCAGACUUUUCCUGGCCGUUCUCUUCUUUAACGACACUUUGCCUGUCCAGAUUGGUUUCCUGGGCUUUUACACAGAGCUGGGAAGACGGCCAUCAAGCUUCCCUCCCAGAAUGUGAGAGGAGAGACCGAAGACAGCCAAGUAGUGAUGUGAAUGUACGUCGACUCUGGCAGUAACAGUGUAGAUACUGUUUUAUUUACUUGUUCCAGGCCUGAGGGAUGAUUUGCACUCUGAACGCUUUACUAGGCCUUUCAGCCUACUUGGACCAAGGCACUUUGCGAAAAUUUCAGCCUGAAUCCUUGGUUGAAAUGUAGAACAAAUGUUGUUGUUUUGGUUUUUUUUAGGGAAUGAUUAAAAACUGUACCCUGUAUAAUUGAAAAUUGAGAACUACUGUCUCUCCACUUGUUCUGUUCUCAGGUGGAAGUGCCUAGUGUGUCUAAUAGGUCUGCAGGCGUUGGCCUUUGUACGUUUUAUGUGGUGGUAUCUGUGGGGUUUUUUGUUUUGUUUUGUUUUCUGCAGUUGUGCAGUAGUAUGCUACUAUUACUAUUGUUUGCUGCUUCGUUGUGAAGCAUACUUCUACAGAAUGCAAAUUGUCAUUGCCAAUUGCCAUCACCGCCUACUGCCUUUGAGUCACUUUUGGCUCAUAGCAACCCUGUAGAAGUUCCCUGCCCUCUAGAGCUUUCCAGAUUCAAUCCUCCCUGGAGCAGACAAUCUCAGCUUUUCUGGAGUGGCCAGUGAGCAGCCCAACACUCACCCAGCUAUCUCACCAGGGGUUCCAGGGAAUCUAUUCCUUGCCAUCUCCUUCUCCUCCCCCUCCUCCUCC